AUGGCAAGUUUGGAUUUUUUGGACCUACUUUCACAGACGAAUACAAACGAGGGUGCGAGCGGGUCUGUGCCAUUACAGCAUGGUGGUCAGUCAGUGGACGAUAGUGGCUCCGCUAGAGCGAGAAGUCAAAGUGUCAUGCCGAUAGAAACACCUGAUGUCGAAGUUGCACUCUACAUUAGCAUGCGAUACGUGGAUCCUAGCGAUAAGAAGAUGCCUCAGAAGACUUGGUCCACAUUCAUCAAGUCUUGCCGGGUAUUGCAAACACCACCAACUCUGCACGAUAUCUUUCAGACCUUGCUGCCGGUGAGGCCUCAGCUGAAUGGUUAUCGAAUCACCAAUAUGCUGCGCUCGAUCCUGGAUUCAACUAAUGUUACGUAUUGGGUGGCCUCGUCCGGCACUCCAAUACCUAUGUCUCAUGAGGACUACGACAGUCCUCUGACAGGAUACCAGGAGUACGCACCUCUCAAGGAAGCGGUUCAUGACAAUGAAAGCACACUCAACCCUGUGGACCCAGGCUCAACAGAUUACAGAGAGCUGUGUGAAAAGCAGCGCAUCUCUCGGGGUACUCCUAUCUUUGUGCUCUAUAUUUUUAAUAACCAAACUGCAGCAUCCCCUGGCCAAAGUGGACUUGCAGCGACACCUCCUGUGCACAUUGACAAUUUCUUGUCUAAGUUGUACCCUGAUGCCUCAGUCCAGUUACAGGCAUUGGAUCGAUCUGAAAUAUUUGGAACUGCAUACAAGCAGACCCAGCAAACCCUUAUUCUCGCAAGGAUUGCAAAAGGCCUGGGCGUGGUGCCAGGUCACAAGGAGGGAGCACAGACAAGUGAGGGUGGUUCAAUUACAUGGUCUGAUGUAGUUGAUUGGGCACCUGGGGUGGCACCAUCAUCAGAGAGGAAUAUUCGAGGUCAAGCGGUGAAGGUUUUACAGUUCCGCGCGUGGAUCCAAGCACAUAGACGGUUAUGGCAGCAGUCUCAGUCGGGGCCAGACAACUCUCCGCAAAAUGAUGAAGAGCUAUUUGCAUGGGUUCAAUUCAUAGGUCAGCCAGGUGGCCAUGGGGCAGACGAGGUGCUGAAUGGUUGGGGAUUCCAUGAACAGACUGCUGCAGGGAUGAAGGCAGCAGUCCUGCACAAACGCAUUAACGCGUAUUUAAAAAAGAAUGCCAUUAGGCUGCCUAGUAUCAAGCUUACACAACUUGAAUUGUAA